AAAAAGCCCAUUUGUCCCAGGGAAGUUCAGCGAGAAGGUGAGGAGACACCCUGCAGCAAACAUGUCAGGGCGUUACGGGAAUAUACUGAACGUUGACACGACUGGGGCUUCGGAGGCAACUGCGAGACCAGAAGGCCUCAGCUACGCAGGAGUUCCUGCCUCAGAGAAGAUUGCAGAAGGAGAUUUGAGGAACAUGCAGAAAUACCGCGCCAUGAUUAUAAAAGUUGGCAACAGCAAGGGUAUUGAUCCAGCUGUGAUUGCUGGUAUUAUCUCUCGGGAGUCACAUGCUGGGACGGUGCUGGACAACGGCUGGGGUGAUAACGGAAAUGCAUUUGGUUUAAUGCAGGUUGACAAACGGUACCAUAAUAUUGUCGGAUCAUGGGACAGUGAAGAGCACUUGGCACAAGGCACAGAGAUUUUGCGUGGGAUGAUACAGCAAAUCCAGAGGAAAUUUCCAACAUGGACAAAGGAACAGCAGCUGAAAGGUGGGAUCUCAGCCUAUAAUGCAGGACCUAACAACGUCCAGAGCUACGAUGGACUGGAUAUUGGCACAACACACAAUGACUACGCCAAUGAUGUGGUUGCCAGAUCCAAGUUUUUUAAGAGAAAUGGAUACUAAGAUAACUGAGUAAGGGAUAGAUUUGAAGCACUGAUUGCAUACUUUAAAAAAAACCUGGAUUUCUCACCCAGAAAUAGUAAGAAUGGGGAGGGCAAUGAAGCCAGAAAGAAGGGCAAGCUUUUAAAUUGUUUUUCAGCUAAGGCUAAAAACAAAAACCUUUCAGAAAUAACACUGCUAAUAAUCCACACUGCCACCUAUCUUUUGCCAUCUAUUUUUUAAUCUCACUUUAUGAGAAUAUUCAAUUAGAUUCUUCAUCUGUGCCUGCACUUUCUCAAGCAGUAGAUUAAUGCUGAAAGAAAGGUCUAAUCCUGCUUAACAAGAUUGUAUCUCUCAAUACAUGUGUCUGACAGCAGUACAAAAUUGGUUGUUACCAAUCUGCAAUUUUGGAAUUUAACGCUUGCAAUAAAUGUUGUGUACCGUGAGAGUGACGGAGCAGUGGAACAGGCUGCCCAGAGGGGUUGUGGAGUCUCCUUCCUUAGAGGUCUUCAAGACCCGCCUGGACAUGUUCCUAUGUGACCUGAUCUAGGUGAACCUGCUUCUGCAAGGGGGUUGGACUAGAUGAUCUCUAAAGGUCCCUCCCAACCCCUACCAUUCUAUGAUUCUAUGAUCUUUAAUCUACUAAAGUGUAUCACGGUGUCCUUUCAGAAUAAUUGCUCUUAACUUUGGUGAUGUGGCCCCAAAGUGGCUGUUUCUUGUGACAGGAGGGAAAACACUAAGCUAUCCUUUUUUUUCCCCCUUGAUAAUACUUAGAUGCAAACAAUCUGUAACACUCAAGCUGUUGUAAUGAAUACUUCUAUUGAAUCUAUUCAUUUCAAUAAAGGGUCUGGAGUAAGAA